AGCAUUUAUUACUUAUUUAUAGACUAUAUGAAUAGGAUAACAAAAUAUUAACAUAGUCAAAUGUAUUUGAAAAUGCAUUUAGAAAGCACUACAAUAUAUAGUUUGAACUGUUCCCAAUUGUUUUCAGAGAUCUGAUUUCCAUCUGUUGUUACGGUGUUAGAGAGCGAGAGAGAGAGAAAGAGAGAGAGAGAGAGAUCAUUUGGAGACGUCGGUGCUUUGCUCACUUGGGUUUUGGGGAGUGAACCAAACAGCCAUGGUAAUAAAAGUCUUCAUAGCAUCAUCCUCUGGAUCGACAGCGAUUAAGAAGCAGCAGCAAGAUAUCAUGGGUUUCCUAACUGUCAACAAGAUUGACUUUAAGGAGUGUGACAUCGUAACUAGUGAAGAAAACAGGAAAUGGAUGAGGGAGAACGUACCUGAGGACUUCCGACCAAUGACGGGGGUCCCCCUGCCUCCACAGAUAUUUAAUGAAGAACAUUACUGUGGGGUGAGUGUUGUACUGUACUGACGCCUUCACAGUGUAGUGAAGCUUACUGUCUGAAGCUGAUGAGAGGUCAAAGGACAGACAGUACGCUAGCAACUGCAUAGUAAAGAAAAGUAUGCUUUGAUAAGCAAAAGUGCCUGGUUUAUAUUUUUUCUGUUCUAAUUUAAGGUAGACAUUCUCAACGUACUCUUUGAGAAUAUUGCAGCCUGGUACCUUUGUAGCAAUUUGUGUAAUAAUGAUAAAUAAUAAUACAUUUUAUUUUAAGCGCUUUUCACGACACCCAAAGUUACUUUACAAACACAAGAACAUCAGCAGGGUAAAAAAGCUAUAAAAUCAUGUAUUCAAAUAAUUAAGAAUAUGAAUAUACCCAACAUUAGGAAAACCUUCCUAAUAUUGAGGUGCACCCCCCCCCCCCCCCCCCCUCCUUUUUGCUCUCAGAACAGCCUCAAUUCGUUGGGUACGGACUCUACAAGGUGUCGAAAGUAUUCCACAGGGAUGCUGGCCCAUGUUGACUCUAAUGCUUCCCACAGUUGUGUCAAGUUGGUUGGAUGUCCUUUGGGUAGGGGACCAUUCUUGAUACACAUGGGAAACUGUUGAGUGUGAAAAACCCAGCAGGUUGCAGCUCUUGACACAAACCGGUGUGUCUGGCACCUACUACCAUCCCCCUUUCAAAGGCACUUACAUAUUUCUUCUUGCCCAGUCACCCUCUGAAUGGAAUACAUACACAUGCCAUGUCUCAAUUGUCUCAAGGCUUAAAAAUCCUUCUUUAACCUGUCUUUUCCCCUUCAUCUACACUGAUUGAAGUGGAUUUAGCAAGUGACCUCAAUAAGGGAACAUAGCUUUCACCUGGAUUCACCUGGUCAGUCUAUGUCAUGGAAAAAGUAGGUACUCUUAAUGUUUUGUACACUCAGUGUAUAAAAGUAUACUAAACAUAAGCACAGACUAACCAGGGAGGUGAACUAGACAGAGGAUAAAAGCUAAGACAACAGAGUGUCCGGGUAAGCCUGUGUGAAGAGGUGUGUCUUUAGUGUGGACUUGAAUAUGUGUAUGGAUUGUGAGGUUCUGACAUGGAGAGGGAGGGAGUUCCAGAGUUGGGGAGCUGCCCUGCCCUGCUAAAACCCUGGUCUCCCAUGGAGCGGAGCCUGGUGUAAGGGAGGGUGAGGAGGCCGGUGUCAGAGGAGCCCAGUGAACAGAUUGGGUGGGAGUGUAGGGGUGCAGGAGGACAGUAAUGUAUGUUGGCGCCAGUCCAUUGAGUGCUUUGUAGGUGAGCAUGAGCAAUUUGAAGAUGAUCCUACAUUGAACUGGGAGCCAGUGGAGUUUGAUGAGGGUGGGGGGGACUCAUGCAGCUGAAUUUUGAAUAUGUUGAAGUCUGUCCAGUGUUUUGGAGGGGAGUCUGAAUGGCGUUGCAGUAGUCCAUGCGUGAUAAAUCAAAAGCGUGAAUGAGGGUUUCAGCAGCGGGGUCAGUGAGAGAAGAUCUGAGUCGUGAGAUGUUUUGAGGUGGAAGAAGGCUGCCUUGGUGAUGUUCCAGAUGUGGGGUUCAAAUGACAGAGUUGGGUCAAAUGUAACACUAAGGUUCCUGACAGUGGAGUUGGAGUGGAUUGUGCAGCCGUCCAUUGUCAUGUUGAGUUGACCCAGUCUCUCGAUGACGGAGUUGAGGUCCAUGAGCAUGAUCUCUGUUGUAAUAACUUUCUGAAACAUACUUAGUGAGACAGCUACCUUUUGUAUUGUCGUUGCAGAAUUACGAGGCCUUCUUUGAUGCCCGUGAGGAGCAUGCAGUGUAUGCAUUCUUGGGCCUAACAGCCCCUCCAGGCUCCAAGGAAGCAGAGGCCUUGGCUAGACUGGAGCAACAGUAGCCGCAUGGUUUUGAUUAGCAGACCACAGUGCCCUCUCCUGUCAUCCUCCAUUCAGCUCUACAGCAGCUUGCCACUGCUCGUCUGGAAAACGUCUUCUCAGACCAAUCAUAGCGCUUUAUUUUGUUGUGAAAGGUAAUCAGAAUGGUAUCAAAUUGACCAAAUGUUGUGUUUUUUGACAAUGUCUUUAAAGUGGUGACCUUGUACUGUUACAAUAGUUCAAGUCAAUGCUGGGCAGUAUCCCAUGUUCAAUAUCAUAUUGAAAUCAAGGCAGAAUGAGUGCCCAAAUACUAGGAAUUUAGUAGAUGACAAAGACAUGCUUUGCACAUAUGAGAAUUUAAAUCAAUGAGAUAUUUUUCAUGUUUGAUAAUAAAAAUGUUACUUUUACUACUCAGUCUCUCUUAUUCUUACCCAGUUUCCUUCUUAUUCUUGUUUAGCUCAAAUUAACAUUGCAAAGAAUACUGUUGUCACAUAAUUGUUUCAGUUCUCCUUACAUUCUAAAUGGAAUGUCACACCACAGAAGGCAGAAGCUGAAAAGCAGGGGCAGUGAGUGUUCUAAUUUUAUUUCUAACAAUGCUUCCUGUUUUUGACAUUUGCUACUCAGAAGCUCAGUACAAUUAGGGACAGCACAUUACCGUGGCUGCUCACCAGUUAGAUAAAUCUGUAGCUAACUUAUAAACCUUGUAUUAGUGGACAGACUAAAGGAACACCAUCUAUUAUAAAAACAGAGUGGUUGUCAUGUUGGGAGAAGCCUUCAUCAGAGUCUUCAGGUACAGGGAAGAGGAUUGUGACCCCCAUUCCACAAAGGCUCAGGAACGUCCACCACAUCCUGCCCCCAAUAUAAUUCUGACCCCAGGUUCAAUGUCAGGAAACAUGGACGGUCUGGUGCAGUCUGAUCCUAGAGUGACAACCAGGCUCAGUGAUGCCCUCACCAUCCCCAAUAGCAACUGUGAUGACUAUGGUGACCUGGAGCUCUAUCGCUCCUGGUGCUGCACCACCUUCUGCAAAGACUACCCCGACCUGCAGCUCAGAGGGGACCAUGUGGGAAACAGGAGCUCAGAGAGCCCGCGGCUGGAGAAUGAGGGGUUCGAAGGACCACUUCUUCAAUCUCAGGACCUGGGAGAGCUGGAGGCCUUGGAACCCACAGGGCCUGUGGAGCCUAGGGUGCAGGUGGAGUCCCAGCCCCUGCAGGAUGAGGGUUGCCUGGUCAUGGACAGCAGCAUCAUCACCCUGAACAGGGAGCCUCUAUCCAAUUCCAUGCUGAACGGCUAUCUGGAGAGUAAGCUGCUGGAGGUGUACAGACAGCACAUGCAGGACAGCCUGGCCCGGGGCAGCUCUCCCCUGGUCCAGACACCUCCCCAGGGCCUGAUACCAGCCCCAGUAAUGCAGCUCAGCCUGCAUCUCUGUCAGGACCAUGGCCUGGACUCCAGUACGGCCCAGAGCAUCGUCAUCCACUACCUUAGCACAUACACCGUGGCUAGCUCCCACUUCAGCUCCCCCAACCUGCGCAUCUCCAACCCUGAGCCUAGAAGAAAGCCCACCUGACUGAAACCAGCAGUAGUUUCACUUUGUCCUCCAACUAACAUACUUGAGAAUGGUCUACAGUUUUAGUUUCGUUUUCUCUGUACUGAAUCUGUAUACUUAGUGGUCAGUUGUAUUGCAUUCGGUUCAAUAGGUAAAUUAAAUUGAUAGUUUCAUUUUGUUGAAUUGUUAGAAGAAAUAUCUUUAGAAAAUGCCACAAUGUCCAUAAUAUCUACUUCAUAAAUGCAACCAGUUCCUAUAAUGUAAUACUUGGGAGCCUGAGACAAUCCCAAGCUUUCAAUUUGAAGGACAAAGAGGAGACAAACUGUAAGGUGAGGGAUAACUUAGUCCUUGUAAGCAUCUUGGUUCUUGUUUCUGAGAAAUGAUUCCUCACAGAUAUUGCAAAUCUGAAAUUAUAUUGUCAUAACCACAGACUAUUACUAAACAGUAAAAAAUA